CCGACUGAACACGGCGCGGUUCCCGUACACAGACCCCAAACACUAAACAGGUGGUCAUACACCGCGGCACAGCGCCCGCCGCGAUGAAACGGGACGGAUACCGACCGUAAGUCACACCGAUCCGCCAAGGUGCUGAACCAAAGAUUAUUGAUGAUCUCGACACCAGAGCACGGGAGCUUUUGAUCCCGAGUUUCCCUUGGAUUCGGGAAGGUCUAAUGAGAGUUGGAACUAUGAAAGUGACGGUGUGUUUUGGGAGAACUCGGGUCGUGGUUCCGUGCGGAGAUGGAAACAUUAAAGUGCAGUCGCUCGUCCAGCAGGCCGCGAUGCGGUACCGGAGAGCGAUCGCCAAGGGUGAGGAGUACUGGGUUCAGGUCUACCGGCUGGAACACGGUGAUGGAGGAAUCUUGGACCUGGAUGAUGUGCUGUGUGAUGUGGCCGAUGACAAAGACCGAUUGGUGGCGGUGUUUGAUGAACAGGAGCCUCAUGUUGGCGGAGACGGCACCAGUGCCAGCUCUACAGGCACACAGUCUCCUGAACUCUACUGUGGAGAACCGUCCACCUCCACCCCACUGUCUGCCUUCCAGCCCUACCUGCCCCACAGCGAGAUAGAGGUCACUACGUCCACACUGCGCACCAAUAUGCCUUUGCAUGUUCGCCGCAGUAGUGAUCCGGCGUUGUUGAACCUGACGGCAAUGUCUUUCUCUGAGCCGAGCUCGCAACCCGAAGAGCCUUCCAGGAAAAACCCCACGCGCUGGUCCACCACUGCCGGCUUCCUGAAACCACGCUUCUCCACCGGCACCAACAGCCUAGAAAGGAAGGGUCGAGGUGUGGAUACGUAUCGUAGUCUUCCUCGUGAUGCUGGGCAAUGGUCCAAUCAGAAAGAGUUUCAGCGUGAAAAGGCCCGUUCUUCACUCAGCGCCAAUCAUCCCAUGGUGGACCGCUGGCUGGAGAGGCAGGAGCAGGAUGAGGAGGAGAAUGGUAGGAUAGAGCCGGUGGGACGUGCGGACACAUGCUUGGAGCACAUGGGAGUGAGAUCACUGGAUGAUAUUGUGAAAUUGGUGGAAGUGUCCAAUGACGGGGGUCCACUCGGCAUCCAUGUUGUCCCCUUCAGUGGACGGGACCGCAGGACGUUGGGUCUACUGGUGAAGCGAUUGGAGCGUGGAGGAAAGGCUGAUGUCCAGAGUUUGUUUCAGGAGAACGACUGCAUCAUUCGGAUCAACAACGGAGAUCUGAGGAACGUUCGCUUUGAGCAAGCUCAGAACAUGUUUCGUCAAGCAAUGCGCUCUCCCGUCAUCCUCUUCCAUGUGGUGCCAUCCACCAUGAGGUCCCAGUAUGAGCAGAUAUCCCAUUACGAGCACAACCCCAGAGUGAACAUCGACCUCUCGGGACGUUUCAGCCCAGACUCCCUCACAAAUGAUCUGGAGAGCGCCGCUCACCGAUUGGCUCAACACAGACCUCAGCCACCCAAUAAUCAUCUGGAUACCGGCUCUCCCAUCCACCGUCCCGUUGGCUCAUCGGGCAAACCUCCAACAGGCCACACCUCCUCACCCCAAAGAGGCCUAAGCCCUGCCCCCACAACAGGGUUCACUAAGAAAGUUGGCCGGAGACUCGGAAUCCAGCUUAGGAAAGGACCUGAAGGUCUCGGGUUCAGCAUCACGUCCCGAGACGUUCCUCUUGGAGGGUCUGCACCUAUUUAUGUCAAGAACAUCCUGCCAAGAGGUGCUGCCAUACAAGACGGCAGACUGAAAGCUGGAGAUAGAUUGCUUGAGGUGAAUGGGGUGGAUCUGAAUGGGCGGGGCCAGGAGGAGGUGGUCUCCCUGCUGAGGGCGACGCCCAUGGGCGGGACUGUGAGUCUGGUGGUGCUAAGACAGGAAGAGACCUUUGUUCCCAGAGAGAUGAACGCAGAACCAGCGAUGCAGAACACAAGAGAAUGGAAGGUAGAAGAGGAGGAAUUGGUCUUGACUCCUGAUGGGACACGGGAGUUCCUGACAUUGGAAGUGCCUCUGAAUGAUUCUGGCUCAGCAGGAUUAGGAGUCAGUGUCAAGGGUAACAGGUCAAAGGAGAGCCACGCUGACCUGGGCAUCUUCGUCAAAUCUAUUAUCAAUGGAGGAGCAGCUUGCAAGGACGGAAGGCUGCGGGUCAAUGACCAGCUCAUUGCAGUCAAUGGGGAGUCGUUGUUAGGGAAGACAAACCAGGAUGCUAUGGAAACACUGCGCAAGUCUAUGUCAACGGAAGGUAACAAGCGAGGGAUGAUUCAGCUGAUCGUGGCGAGACGCAUCAACAAGCGCCUCGAGGGUGAGAGCCGCGGCAGUCCUCGAGGGUUAGAGCGAACACUGAGCCCAUCUCCUGAUGACCAUGAGCGGCGAAUUUCACACUCGCUGUAUGGAAUCGAGGGCCUUGAUGACAACCUGAGGCCACAAGCCAGCACAAAUAACCGCAAAAUGAAUCAUUAUCAGCUCUCGCCGACGGUGAACAUGCCUCAGGACGACACGGUCAUUAUUGAAGAUGACAGACCACACGUUCUCCCCAUCCAGCUGUCUGACCAAUCGUCGUCCAGUUCUCACGAUGACAUGGGUUUCGCUGUGGAGACACCCCCGCCGCCACCCUGGGAACCAGAGCUUCCCGACAGCUCUUCCAGUGCUAAUGCUGAGGGGCAGUUUCAGAGGGAAGGCUUUGGCAGGCAGAGCAUGUCUGAGAAACGCACCAAGCAGUAUGGAGAUGCUGGCCAACUCGACAUCAUCAAGACCCGCAAGUCUAAGAGCAUGGACCUAGUGGCUGAUGAGAUUAACCUCACACAAUGCACAGAGAACCACACAGGCUCUUCCACACGUGAUGUGGGCCCGUCUCUGGGACUGAAGAAGUCCAGCUCUCUGGAAAGUUUACAAACCGCUGUCGCAGAGGUUACUCUCAACGGUGACAUGCCGUUUCACCGGCCGCGACCACGGAUUAUAAGAGGAAGAGGCUGCAAUGAGAGCUUCAGAGCUGCUAUUGACAAAUCCUACGACAGGCCUGCAGCCAAUGAGGAUGAAGAGGAGUGCAUGGACACACUGGAGGAGGACACUGAAGGAAGCUCUCGAUCCGGCCGGGAUUCAGUUUCCACCGUGGCCGAUCUCACUCCACUCCCUGUCACCGAGCAACAGCUGAUCAAUGGAAACCAGCCUGAAAACGACAAGAAGAAAGAAAAAGGGGGGAAGGACAAAAAGAAGCCGGAGAAAGAGAAGGGUAAAACAAAGAAAGGAAUGCUCAAGGGCCUCGGAGAGAUGUUCAGGUUUGGAAAGUACCGUAAGGAUGAGCGAUUAGAUGGUGCCAAGUGGAAAGCAGAGGAAACCCAAGCAUCUGAGGAGGAGACUCGCAGAAUGAAGCAAGAGCAGGAGAGGAUUCAGGCAAAAACGCGAGAGAUUCGUCAGCGUCAGGCCAGAGAGCGAGACUAUGCUGAGAUCCAGGACUUCAGCCGCUCCACCCUGACCUCCCUUCCCCCAGAGGAGCCUCCGUAUGCAGGCAUCGGCACUCUGGAGCACGGCGGUUACCAUCGCAUCCACACUCCUCCAGAUUCACCAUACACACAGAAGCAGAAUGGACGCAAUGGACACCCCUCUGCUUCAGACAGGCUGACGCCGAGUAAUCACGACCGAAUCCAGCGCUUGCGGCAGGAGUUUCAGCAGGUGCGGCAGGAGGAGACGGAGCCCGACGAUCGCCAUCGCUCCUACAGCCUAGAGCAGCCCUGGUCCAACUGCGGCUCUCAGUCUUCAUCUGGCCGUCAUUCGGUGUCUGUGGAGGUCCAGCUGCAGAGGCAAGAAGCCAGAGAUGCUUUCACACACGCUCAGAGACAGUACAGCUCACUGCCACGCCACCCUCGUAAGACCCCCACCCCGGCGUCAGAGAGUGAGUGGGACAGGACGGGUCCAUCCGUAGACGCUUUUCAGGCAGCUAAAGACAGCGGUCGAUACUCCAGCUACCAGGGCCCUCGUUCUAUCCCGCGCACCGUUCCCCGUCACGGUUGCAGGAAUGGCUUCUCGGCUGCUCCGGGAUCUUCCAGUUCCUCCGUGGGCGGCGGAUACAACGCCCGAGUCCUUCUGGAGGCCCAGGAGCUCCUGCGACAGGAACAGAGGCGCAGGGAACAGGAGAUGAAAGGAAGAAGCCCGUCAAUCAGGGUGGACUACGAAUGCCAGGAUUCCAAAGGACCUCAGAGACAGGACGUGCCGCCUUCCCCUUCCCAGGUUGUCCGACUCAGCCGCAUACACACGCCUGAGAAGACACGGCCAUUUUUGUCAUGAGAAAAUAAAGGUAGCAACUUUUAAUCGUGCGCCAGUUGGAUUCCCAGAGUGCCUUGACUUUAUGAUGUCACGGUGGCAGCGCCCAAUCUGACAGCUCAUUGGUGGAUCCAGAGGCAAGAUGUCUUUGGAUUCGCUGUACUAGAGAUGCUCUGACAAUCAGCUAGACCUGUAGAACUCAAUCAGAACAAACAGUUUUCCUGCUUUGCACAGGUUUUUGAUGAAGCUUUGUGAAGUAGAGCGUUUUAAAUUCAGGUUCAUCAAAUGAAUUCUUCCACACCAGAGUUAAUCUUGUGUCUGAUGUAGUCUUGGUCGUCACAAACAGGAGGCGCAGAAAAAGCUAGCGACGCCACUGCAUGUGGACCCAUGUUUUAUAGACCUCGACAAAUCUAGGUACAAAACACAGAGUCAAAGUGACGGACUCCUGGGGAUCCAACAGAAAAGAGAAAAUCCCAAAAAUGCAUCAGGAAGGAAAUGGGGUCACACAUAGCAGGUCAUUAAUUGAUGCUCCUCAUUAAAUUUUCAGAGCUCUUUUCACACACAGACACAGAACCCACGACCCACUGCUGUCUGCCAGGUGUGUGUGUGUGUGAGAGUGUGUGUGUGAGUUCCUGUCUCCCAGAUGACCCACACUGAAUUUUUCAUCACACACACCAGCUGCCCCUGUAUUGACAGGCCACAGCGCUGUGUGAAAGUUCAGACAAAAAGAUUGUCUUCCCUUCUCCACUUAAACAUGCAUAAAUGCACACACACAGAGGGGCUGUGUUUGGAAUAGUCUACUAGCAUACCGCUAGUUAUGUAGCAUUUAUACUCUGUGCUGUAUGGAUAAAGGGGUUAUACACAUACAAAUGGAUGGAUGGAAAGAUAGAUAGAUAGAUGGAUGGAUGGAUGGAUGGAUCG